AUGCGGAAUGUCCUGGUGAUCGGGGCCACUGGCUCUCAGGGCGGAUCCGUGGUUGCAGAAUUCCUGAAGCACCCCGAUCUCUAUCAUAUCCGGGCAAUCACCCGCGACCCUUCCAAGCCUGCGGCGCGGGAACUCGCUGCCCGCGGCGUUGAGGUCCAGCGUGCCGACUUGGAGGACGGCAGAGAAGUCCUUACUGCGGCCUUCGCCGGUGCACACAUUAUCUAUGCACUGACCGACUUUUGGCAGAAGCAGUCCGCCGCGGCCGAGAUUGAGCAGGGCAAGGCUAUUGCGGAUGCUGCCGCGGCGACAACCACCCUCCAACACUUUGUCUGGAGCGCUUUGCCGGACCCCGUGGCCUUGUCUGGAGGUCAGUUCCUCAAUGUGCAUCACUGGAAAAGCAAGAGCUUGAUUACCGCGUAUAUCAAGACCGAGAAACCCAGCUUGUGGGCGAAGACCACUACCAUCCUUUUCCCCAAUUACUUUGAGAAUACUCUGACCAGCCCGGGCCGGUAUCUGCCCGCCAAGGAUGACAAGGGCAUCUACACCCUCAAAUUCCCUCACAGCCCAAACACAGUGCUGCCCAAUGUGGCUAUCGCUGACACAGGCAAGUUGGUCCAUAUGGUCGUCGAAGCCGGUUCAACCUACUUCACGAAGACUAUCGCUUUCUGGGCUCAAGCCCUGUCCGAGGCCGAGAAGCUAGCUGAAUUGGGCAAUUACUACAAUGUCCCAACUCGCUACCACGCUUCCAGCGCCAGAGAAUUCCAGCAGCUCCUCAUGUCUCGUGACGGCAUGUCAGAGGACAUUGCAUUGGACUUCACCGAGCAGUUGCUGAUCUUCGAAAGGUGUGGAAAUGUCUUCGCAAGGGACGAAUUUGUGCAAGCCAAGGAGAUCCCUGGACUGACACUUCAAACCUGGUCUGAGUUCAUUCGCCAGCAUAAGCUGUUGGAGCAGCAUUAA